CAACAGGUAAAAAUUUAUGGACGGGAUCAAAAGACACAACACAAUGGAAGAAGUUUCUGUCGGAUGGGACAAACAAAGAAGCACUGGCAGAAUUCCUCUAUGUAAUGUGGCGAGACGCUGAUCUUACCAUUUUAGGUCGACUUGCCAAAACUGAUAAUGUUGUCACCUGUCCAGCUACGAGUCAUCAUGGAAGAGACUAAGGUUCACAAGUUAACCCUUCCAGAUGGAUUCCCUAGCACUGUAGACGAACUUUUGGCGGCUGCAAAAGAUAACUUUCAACUCCAGGGAAAUUAUACUGUUAUGUACAUGGACAAAGAUUUUGAUAAUCAAUUCUUCACUCUAACUUCAACUGAUGAGGUUAAGGACAAAGACACAAUCAAACUGGUGAAAAUAGAACCUUCUGUUAUUCUUACAUUAACUCCCAUCCAGGAUGCUGCAUCUUCCUCAUCUCCAGUGUCACUGGAUCAGUCUUGCCAGGAUGACAGUUCCUCACUUGGUUCAUCUGACACCAACAUUUUACAAAAGUCCCCAGAGUAUCGAACAGACCCAUGGCCUGCUAAUUUUGUGAUACCCAACUUUUCAUUUAAUGUUGAAAUGCCCCUUCAUGAAGGAAAUAGGGCUUAUGAAACUGAUGGUUCACUUCUCCAGAAUCCAAGCUUGAACUCUGACGUACUUGAAAUACUAGCAGAAACAAUAUUCCGCUAUACUGCCUAUCCCUCUAGUCCUCAGAUUGAGGCAGUCAUAGAAGCUCUGUUAAAAAAGCAUCCAUGCUUAAGGGAGCCUGCAACUUCAUUUUCAGGCACGUAUGGAUGGCAGCAGCGUCUUAAAUGGAAGAUGGCUAAUUACCGUUCUAAAAUGAGAAGGCGUGGAGUACCUUGUCCUGAACUUGAUAUCAACUCCUUGAAAAGGAAAUCUCCUAGUGAGAGAAAUCCUGCAAAAAACUGCAAGAGAGCGAAGAAAGCAGAGGUUAACUAUCUUCCACCACAUCCAAGUGGUGAAACUAAUGACACACUGGAAAUGGAGAGACAGGAGCUUCUUAGCGAGGUAAAGAAGAAGAACAACACUAGGGUGAUUCAAGAAAAAAUGGCCAAAACGUUCUCCUAUCGAAGGCUUGAGGUUGUGAGUGGUAGUCCAGGAGCCGAUGACUUCAAAGAGAGAUGGUCUGCUUUUUUUUGUGAAGCUGAGGUCAAGGAGGAAUUUAGAAGAAUAACAACAGUUUCCCUGGAGCAGAGGUUCAUGUUUAAACUUGACCACUACACACCAAAACUUACUGCCCUGAUGAAGGCCAAGGGAGGUGUAAUGGAGACAAAGCUGAGGCCCAUCCUGGACAAACUGAGCCAGAGCCAAAGACUUGAGAUGAGACGUGAAGCUGUUAUCCGUAGCCUUCAGGAGAAAGAGGAGGAACUUCUUGAAGAUUGCAUGGAGGACAGCCGCAGUGAUGCCACUCAACUCGUCCUCAAGAUCCUGGUCGUCCAUGGUGCUGAUGGAGAGGAGCCAGUGGAUGUAUCCAUCCUUCUUGAAGGCCAGGAGAUGAUGUCUGGAUGUGGCAGUACUGCGAAAGCCUGCAUGCUGCUUAUGGGGCUCAUUUAUGGCCUCAACCUUGCAUACCCCCCAAAACUGCACUACACUUUUGAGGUAUUUCAGAAACUAUUUCUGGAAUUAGAUGUGAUCAAGAUGUCCCCAAAAAUGCAAGCAUUAAAGUUGAAAUUGCUGUCUUAGAAGUUAAAUAUCUAAUUGUUGGCUUUGAAAACUAUUUUCUUGUUUGUAAGAUGGUUUAAAUGUUAAAUUGCAGGAAUGUCUAAAUGUUGUAGUUGUGCUGUAGCAGAGUUUUAAGGUUGUAAUUCUGGCUGUUGACAUUUUGUGUAAAGUAAGGGUUUUAGUCCUCAGAGAAAUUUAAGAAGUUUUUUUAAUUGUUAUAUACUUAAUUUCUCUGUGUGUCUGCGUUUGUGAGUGUGCGAGAGUGACAUACUGUGUGUUGAAAAUUAAUGGUUUGAUUGUUGCGAUUGCUUUGUCAGAGAGAUGUUUUAUUUGUUUAAAAUAAGACCGGUGCUCCCCAGGGAUAUUUCAGCUGUUUUUUGAAGUGUUGAAAUGCCUUUUUACAUUGUUAAUACAUGUGUGUGACAGAGAGAGUGAGAGUGUGGUUGUAUGUUUUAGUUUGAAAUGUUUUAUAUUGAUUUGUGAUAACUGUAUUGAUGAUGUUUGACAAUAAAGUAAUUGCAAUG